CGCGCAAAGCGGCGCAGCGAGCGCAAGGUUGUCAACCGCAAGUCCAAGCAUGGACGCCAUGGCGGCAGCAGCUCGGACCAGCAGCAGCAGCGCGCGCAUGCACAGGCGCAGCACCAGCACUAUCGGCAGCAGCUAACGGCGGCGGUGGCCAAGGAGCGCGCUGCGUACCACGACGACUCGGAUGAUUCGCGCAUUCACACGCACUCAGACAGCGGCAGUGGCGGGUACCACCUCCCCUCGGACGCACCCCCGACGCUGCUCGCCGCGGCUGCCCUCAUUGCCGCUGCACAGGUGGCCGUCAAGGACGAGCAUGAUAUGCAGAUGGGCAUGGACGGCGCAGACGCAGGCGCGCCGGCGCACGCAAGUACGGCUGACUCGUCUUUGUCGCUACUCAGCACCUCGUCUUCGCCGCUCCUUACGCCCCUGUGUUACGAAGACAUGGACGCAGAGGAGGCAGGCAUCUACGCGCUGCACCUCGGCACACUACCCGACCCCAUCGAGUCGCUGCGCAAUGAGCUGCUCAACCCGACUGAGCUCAGGUUCUACUGCCUCCCGCUCGAGGUCGCGGCGCACAUGAAGACGCUCGCGCAUGCCGAGGCGAAGAACAGCGCGGGUGCGUCCCACCUCCCGGUGCAACCGCAACAUCAGCACCAGAAUCAACUGCAUCAGCAUCAGCACGCGAAAGCUCCAUCUUCCCCGUCCGGCGCUUCAGCGCCCGACAGUGGACAGAGACGCCAGGCCAUGGAGGCGCAGUACGUCUCGCUGCGCACGCUUGAGAAAGACUGGGACGAGUGGCGUUGGGAGACGAUGGAGAGCGGCGAUGUCACUGUGAGCUUGUCAUCUUUGUCGGCGGCGGCGUCGGAGCUCUGGCCGUCGUACCAGCGUUCUCCACAAGCGAGUAACAAACGGAGCGAGGAUGCAGCGUUGCCUACAACAGCAGCAGCAGCAGCUUCAUGACUGCCGCUAGAUUGUGAUGGUGGAUUUUGGGGAUAUGUCUUUUCCGCCCUUUCUCUUUUCUCUUUACGCUUGCCUUUACACUUUUUCCCUUGUCAUUUGUCACCUUCGCAACAACGCAUUUCCCUCGCCUCAUCUCACCACGUCAGACUUCACUGCUGUCCGACGCACGCUAUCUAUGCACGCAUGGUCCUUUCCCUCUGACCUGCCACCUGUCGGUCUCGUCG